AUGAAGCAUGUCGAGGAUAAUGCUCUCAUUUCAGAGGUGGAUCGGUCCUUUUGCCGUUUUGAGUCGUCUUUCUUCCUGGAAAAGUGUCUUCAAUUGCUUCCUUCAGAUCUUGUAUCUUGCCGAAAUAGUCUCGAAUAUCUACAAACUUUGGGGUUACUUAUUCUCUACGAAAACCAGUCGGGAAAUGAUGUGGCACUGCAGCAGUACAUGGGAAUGUAUCUCACAAUGAUGGCACUUGACGGUCUCCACAGCGAACUGCGCUGGCCAAAAGAUAUUGAUAAAAGGGAAGUGCAAACGCGACGCCGAUUGUAUUGGGUUUUAUAUCGUUUAGAAGUUCAUUCUGCUUAUGUGAUGGGACACCUGAUACGAAUGCAUGGAUCCCAAUCGUCUGUGCUUUAUCCCCAACCCGUUGAUGAAGAAGAGCCGGAUUACACUGGUGGACUUUCUUCUGGAACAUGGUUGGUAGGCUGGAAUUUUAUCACCGAUUGUUAUCGGAUACUGGAAAGUUGUUUCCAGGUCUUUAACCCCAGGAGCGAGACUGGAGGAUUAUUUUCAAAGGACGCUAACCACUCAAUUGAUGUUAAUUUGGAUUUGCAAACUCUUCAAAGGAUUUCCACCGAGACACAUAAAGCUCUCCCUUUCGUUUUCAAAGAAGCUAGCGCAGAUAUCAGUGAUACUCUCACCAUCAGAAAUGGCUUUCAGGCAGCUAACAUAGCAUGUACAAUGUUGCUCAUGAGACUGGUUUGUUUGUCAAUGGAAUCUGCAGAUACUGUUGCUCAUUCUCUUGAUGUGGUCCAUGAACUUAUUAAAAGUACAAGCUUAAUUCCAAGUGCCUAUUUCCGAGCCGUGGGAACGCCAAUGUUCCAGGAGUUAUCCGGCUUCGGUUACAUCCUAGGCCGGUUUGUUGCCAAUCCCCUGCUUGAAAAAGAAUUCCUUCACGUCAAGGUGGCAUUGCAUUCACUUUCCGAUCUUCUGGAAAAACUCAAUGACUUUAACGAUAGUCUGAAGAUAUCGCAGUUCAAAAGCUAUCUGGAGAAGUUUGACUCAGUAGUUAGUUGA